UCUACAUCGACACAAGAAGUAUCAGAAGCCAUGGCUCUGUCAGGGGAACCCGGCCCGGCAGAUUUAUCCAGCGAAACAAGAGAAAACGAUCGAGGAACGACCGAAGUCAACAUGGCGACGGUCCUGCAAGGCCUUCAGACGACGCUAGCACAACUCGCCAAGAACUCGGAACUACAGACAGAAGCCAUUCAGAAUUGGAAGGAGGACAUUCUUCUCUGCUCUGACGACGAAGAUUCUGAGGAUACUCCUGCGAUAGAUGAUAACACGAGUGAUAAUACGCUAGACAUAGCGGCCACUCUCAACAAUGUGCUCGACUCGAGCGACAACAGCAAGACGACCUCUGUGAAGAGCCCUGAAUCAGGGCCGACUCAGAGCGUUUUGGUAGACAGCCUGACCCAGGCGUUUACCACAUCUAAAGUCACCUCCCCUGCCAUUGAAGGCAAAAUUGCCGAAUUAAUCGAUAAUAUGCUUAUCGGGGGAUUAUCGGCCGAAACGGUCAAGGAAAGAGUGGAGAAACAUCCACCGCCAGAAAACUGCAAAUUUCUGGCAGUAACAAUGGUGAAUGAAGAAAUCUGGGACUUGUUGCCCAGAAAAAGCCGAGCUGUGGAUCUGGCUUUUCAACGGGUUCAAGAACCCUUGUUACAAGGAAUAUCGGCCCUGACCAAAUUGGCGGGCAAAUUGGUAAAAGACAUCAAUGAUGGCAAAACGCCAGACACGCGGCAGAUGCUAGAUCAUGUGAUGGAUAGCGUCGCCAUGCUCGGAAACACAAAUUGGAAGCUCAACAUGAAGCGACGAGAAUUGAUUAAGCCUGAGCUUAAUCCCCCAUACACACGUUUAUGUAAAGAGGAUAUAACUAUGUCCACAAAAUUGUUUGGAGACGAUCUCUCCAAACAUCUGAAAGAUAUGUCUGAAGCUAAAAAAGCUGGCCAGCAGAUGCAAAAGCCUUAUUCCAACAGCUCAAACCGGGGUGCAGUGCACUCUCAAAAAAGGCAUUUUAACAGAUUCAAGCCUUACCAUUAUGACCGGACACGAGGCUCUGGCAAUAAAUCAACCAACCGCCAGUCUUUUUUGGGGCAAGGCCGCCCAUCAACACCGUUCCGGAAAAAGCAAUCAGCCAGCAACACCAACAACAAAAAUUAGUACCAUCCAGUUGUGAGAAGGUAGGAAAACAUGAAAGUUUCUAUCACACUUGCUUGGACAAAUAUCGUAGGAUGGUUAAUAAUUUUAGAGCAGGCCAACUAAGGAAACAUGUGUCUGCUUGGGAGUCACUGACUAGUGACCCCUUUAUACUUGAUGCA